AUGCACAAGCACGCAACCGAAUGGCUCUCGCGACUCCGGCAACUGGCCCGCGGCGAUGCAAACCCACCACCGCCUACGCUCCCAAGACGACGCCGUGCACUCACCCUUCCUUCAUCAUCGCCACUGGCCACGGCAGAAAGCGCCUUCUUUCAACGAUUGCCCGAGGAGAUUCGACAGCUGAUACUGAAGUAUGCUUUCGGUAUGGCCACACUUCACUUGCAUUUGAGCCUCGAGCACCCUCCAGGAGACACCUACUUUGCUUCGAACGAGCUUCGACAUGCGAAUAUUCCGCUCUCCUCGGAGCGCGACAGGGCUCGGUUCCGACGUUGGGAAUGGACGGGGCAUCGCUGCCAUCGCACAAGGAGUGUCUGGCGUGGGCCACCAGCCAGCGAUUCGGACUCGUUGAGGCCGGUAAUGGACGUUUGCCAAUCUCAUCCUAAUUGGGUGAGUGCUAUGUGGUGUCGGGGCCCCGGGGUUGGUGAAUGCUACGUUGGAGUCAUGGGCUGGCUGGUGGCUUGUCGGCAAGCUUAUCAAGAAGGAAUUGGGAUACUGUAUGAGACAAAUCGGUUUCAUAUUCAGGGCCAGCAAGUUUUUCAUCGGCUUCCAAACGUUUUGAGGCCACAACGACUCGCAGCAAUAAGAGAAGUUGAGCUGUUAUGGGAUAUCCAGCCGUAUGAGUCCUGGGAUGCGGAAUGGAUGGCAGAGUUUCACCGCUCAAUCCAGGAGCUACCAAAAGUCUUACCCAACCUUCAAUUCCUCUAUUUAUCCCUGCAAACUGGCCUUGAGGCAAAAAACGACCCGGUAUACAAGAAUGACAUAGAGACGAGGAGACACACUAAUCCCGACAAAAUACUCGAGCAGAUCGAUUACGCUAUCAGGAGCAUGAAAUUUCUGAGGGACACUCGAAUAGCCCUCCCUUCAUGCAUCUACCGUGGUCUGAAGUUCAAGGCAAAUGGAAAGAGCAUCUCGUGGACACAUACUUAUUCAGACAAUGACGCGGUUUGGCGGAACGUCAGUUGCGAUGGUGGCCGACUCACUGACAGUCCGAAAGGGUACUGGAUUUGCCAUGGCCAGAUGGAUACGGUCCAUCCUUUGUUAUAUCCCGAAGCACCUCAAACGGGUUGA